AUGAACGGCUGGAAAGAAGAGGAAAAAGCAAAUCAACUGAUCCUGUGCAUGAAAGAAAAAGCUCAUGUGGUUAUGUCUCAACUUUCGGCGAGUGACAAGAGCUCUUACACAUGUAUGGUGGAGGCCCUUCGCAAGAAAAUCGGCAUGCACCAGGUUCCCGAAGCCGCUAAAGCUACGCUCAAAGCGCGACGAAGAAUGGUGGGAGAAAGUUUGUUAGAUUUGAGUAUUGAUAUUAAACACUUGUGCGGGGAGGCUUACCCGACUUUGAGCUCGGCUAGUUUGGAGCAAGCUUGUGUAGAUCAUUUCACUGAUGCAACUGGGGCGACACUUGCAAAGGACGUAAUUCGCUCUAAGCCCUUGACCCUAGAUAAAGUCCUGUCAGAAGCUCUAGAACUCGAAGCAUUAGAACUCAGAGCAGUGAGAAUGAGAGAAAGGGUUGUGAGUGUAGUGUCAACCCACGAGAAAGAAAAGCCGGAAGAAGACUGGCCACGUUUUGAAAUUGAGUCUCUUCCCGAAGACGACCACGAACUAAAGGGUGAAAGAACUAUUUUCAUCCUGACUCUUACAGAGAAAUUGCACGAGUUGCUUGUGAAAUAUUCCUCUUGGACAGCCUGGCUGCUGAAAUUCAAGGCGUACCUUUAGUAUCAUAAAGGCAAGAAAGCAGGUAUGGAAAAGGACCCCACUACGGCAGAUCUGGAGAAAGCAACAUUGACUACAGUUAAACUAGUAGAAAGAGAAGUAUACGCAGAAGACAUACAGGAUUAGGAGACGAGAGGUCAUGUCAAACCUUCGAACAAGAUUGAAGAGCUCCGACCCAUAUUGGAUGGCUGCAUCAUGAGGGUUGGAGGUCGCAUUGCAGAUGCCCCUAUUGCGUUUGAUGCCAAAUUCCCUACGAUUGCUCCACCAAAGCACCAUGUAGCCCAGCUACUGAUUGCAAGCUUAAAUCAGAAAUUAUUACAUGCUGGACAAGAUCACAUCCUGGUGCACUUGAGGGAGAAGUUUUGGAUACCUAGUGGGAGAUCUGCCAUACAUAAGGUUGUGAGAUUGUGCAUGACAUGCAAAAAACAGAGAAUGGCAACCAUGGAACAGAUGAUGUCCGCCUUACCAGCAUUUCGCACCAAAGGUUAUGAGCCGUGCUUCACUUAUUCUACUCCAGUUCUGGCCCCUCUCUCUCUGUCACGCAACGCCGGGAAAGAGUGUCCAGGGACAAUUGUUUGGGCAUGUCAGCAUCCGCAGUAGUUUUUGGCUACUUUUCUAGCUAAUUGUCACUGCGCAUGAGUGUAUCUGGAAAACCACAGUGUUUCAACAUGGCAGAUUCUCACUUGUUGGUGAAUGAAAAGUAAAGAGAAAUGUUUCCUGAAUAUGAUUGGGGUUUUUAUUACCGAUAAUUUUCGAAGGAGUAUUCUCGUUUUAAUAUACACCGAUUCAGCCUAAGACCGGAAGUUGCAUGAAAGCGAGGCCUAAGGGCUAUCUUUCGGGCGAAUAUCAUAAACAUGGUGUCUUCAAGUAAAUAAAAGAAUUCCAGUCACAAGUGUUGAGCGACUGCUCUUUCCAAUAAUUGUUCAGAUAACCGACCAGGUUUAAAUUUUCAUAAUUUCCCUCUGGACGAAAAGCUGAAGAAAAUCUGGAAUCAAAAAAUGAAGUGUGAGGACAAAAAAUUUGCCUCAAACAGCUCACUCUUCUGCGGUUCUGAACAUUUUAGUGAGGACUACAGGAAAAGCCUUACUGGCAAAAGACGUGAUCUUGUAAAGAAUGCUGUUCCUUCCAUUUUCCUACGGUCAGUUGGCAAUGACGAAGCCUCUGAAAGGUCCGAAAGAGUCAAAAGUCGGGAAUGCCAAAGGAUUAAACUUUCUGUGAUCCCAUCCAAGAGUAUGGAAAAUAAACAUCACUCAUACGAUGCACCUGACAUCUCUACAAAGGAGACUCAAGACAAAGAUUCAGGUGAAAAACCAUUCAAAGAAGAGAGAGACUUGGUUGCCAAGAAUUAUGAUUGUAAACAAAAGCCGUUUCUUUGA